AUGACCACGACAACGCCACUUGUCCUCCCAGACGACAUUCUUCUCGAAAUCCUCUCGUACCUCGACCCACGAGACGUCGUCGCCGGCUACAACGUGUCGCGUCAAUGGCGCGAGGUCAUUCGGAACUUUCAACUCUGCAAGCCAUUCUUCGUUGAAUACGACAACACUUGCCCGGUGAAGAAGCGGAGUGUGAUUACUGGUUCGAAGAAUCGGGUCACGGAUUGGGGUGCCCUCUCGAACACCCUCGUCCGGCAGGAACGUCGAUGGGCAAGGUCUGACACCGUUCUUCGCUGGUCACCGACCAUUUUCCACGUACCCCCGCUACCGUGGAAGUUUGGCGGCUGCCACAUCGACGUAUUUGAAGAUACGUUGCUAGUGCAGAGGAUCAGUUACGUCCCCUUUAAUCCGGAGCGUCGCUAUCGGCAACCCGACCCUGUCCGUCAUCUCUACUUCCUGGACCGCUACACGUUUGAACUCAAGUUUCCCGCUGUGCUGGUGGCCGAAGGCGACAUGGUUUGGAUUAUUCAAGAACAGACUAUCGGCCCGAUUAUCAUCUGGACCCAUCUGAGUGAUCAGCGCUACGGUGGCGGGCUCUUUCCCGAAUCGCAAUACCAGAAGAUCCACGUCUUGCUGCCAGACGACCUUGCAGCCAAGUUUGGCGUUUCAACCUCUGAUCUGCCCCUGGUCCCUGGCUUUAAAGUGGUGGCACACUUCUUCCAGCUGCACUUGAUACCAGAAAUGAUGCCGUUCACCAUCAAGGUUGAACGUGAGGACAGCACGCUCCGUCUUCUGUUGGCCCAUCAGUUGUUCGAUGAACAGGAAAUCCACAUAACAGAACUGGCCCGUACUGAUGGGCGGACAAUCGAUCGCCCCCAGCCCCACAACAUUACCUUUGCAAAGCCGAUUGAAGAUCUUCUUGCUGUGCCGGACACGUAUGACCACGGGACACACCAUAUGCCGGUACGGCACACCCGACGUGCAUAUGCUGACAGCCACCAGGAGAUUACACUUGACAAGUUCUUCAUCUUUCGCAGCUCCGAUCUCGUUCAGGUGUACAACCGCAUGACGUCGGAUUUCCUAAUGUGUAUCCCGUCCCAGAACAAGGAUAUGUUCCCAGCAGCCGUGGCGUACGACCUACAGAGUGCCAUCCAGGAAAUCGCAACCGCCAGCAAGUAUUGUCCGCCUCGGUUUCCGACCGGCAAUGCAAUGACCAUCAGGGGCGACAUGCUCGGCUCUAUGCCUGGUGACGAUUUCGAAUCCCCUAGAGCCUACCAUAGGUCAUGUGCGCCAAUGUCCAACGAAGAAGUCUGGACAAACUUCACAACCCUUCCUGCCGAGUGGGUCUGCUGUUAG